AUGCGUCCACUCAAACCGCCGUCGCCCGGCCGGAGGGGCGGCGUCGCCCAGAAAUCUUUCGCCGCGACCAGCUUCUUCGCCGUCGCCGUCGCCGCCAUCUUGCUGCUGCUCAGUCCGGCCGGCGCUCGUGCUGACGAUGCCGAUGAGCGGAGCGAAGUCGUUCAACAGAUCGAACGCGCCUCCAAUGAGAGCUUGCUAUGGGGCCCCUACAAGCCGAAUCUCUAUUUUGGCGUUCGCCCGCGCAUCCCCAAGAGCUUCGCCGCGGGUCUGCUCUGGAGCAGGGUGGAGGAUUUCCGGUCGGUGCAGGAUAACUUCCGCCAUACAUGCGAGCAGCACGAAGGCAUGGCCGGCUACGGCUGGGACGAGUACGACCCGCGCACGGGCGGCAAGCAGACGAUCCAUGACGCUGGCAACCAAAUCGACAUCACGACCGAGUUCGUCAAGGUGCCGGGCGGCGAGCACGGCGGCAGCUGGGGCCUACGCGUCAAGGGCAACCCGCGCGACGACGCCCCGGACAACCUGAAGAUGACCGUGGUCUUCUACGCCUCGAUCGAGGGGCUCGGCAGCCUCGAGGUGCCCGUCGAGGCCGAAGACGAGGCGGGCUUGGGCCGCGACGGCGACGUCGACAUCCAGGGCCAGAGCCAAGGGCUCGGCUCCUACACCAUCAAGGUGACCAAGGGCAAGGGCGAGCACCCCGAGGAGCGCCAUGAGGCCUGGGAUGAAAAACCCCUGGAUAAGACCUUUGUUACUAGCGCCCAGCUGCCUGAGCAGGCUAUGUGGCAGGUCAAGGGCGUGCUGUUCGCCGCCAUCAAGCAGACGGUUGAUAACUUCGUCGCCCGCUUCGGCACCGAGGAGAAGAUGCCCCCGCCUGAGCAGAUCUACACCAUCGCACAUAAGCCGGGCAUGGGCAACAUGCACUUCGUGCAGAAGGUUUUCGAGGGCCCCUUCGAGUUCGACGUUCUCUUCUCUUCCGCUUCUGCGCCGAAACCCAUGACUUCCGAGGACUUGACCGAGGAGCUUGACGCUGCCACUACCGCCUUCUCCAAGCGCUACAAUGAUGUGAUGAAGCCCCAGGCGCCUUUCGAUGGUGGCAAGUACGACGAGUUCUCCAAGUCCAUGUUCUCCAACCUUGUUGGUGGCAUUGGCUACUUUUACGGUGAUUCGCGCAUCGACCGCUCCUAUGCUUCCGAGUAUGACGAAGAUAACGAGGGCUUCUGGGAGGAGGCUGCCGAGGCUCAGACCAGAAACAAGCCUGAGCUUGAGGGCCCUUAUGAGCUUUUCACUAGCAUUCCAUCCAGGCCCUUCUUCCCGAGAGGCUUCCUGUGGGACGAAGGAUUCCAUCUCAUUCCGAUAGUCGACUGGGACGUCGAUCUCACUCUGGAAAUCAUCAAGAGCUGGUUCAACCUUAUGGAUGAGGAUGGCUGGAUUGCUCGCGAGCAGAUACUCGGUGCCGAGGCCCGCAACAAGGUCCCGCCGGAGUUCCAGGUUCAAUACCCUCACUACGCCAAUCCCCCCACCUUGUUCUUCAUUCUGUCUGCUUUCAUCGAGAAGCUGCAGGCUCAGGCUCCUACGGAUGGCUCUCAGCAGCCCCUUGUUUCGGGCGAGAAGUACACGACGUACCUCAAGAACCGCGAAGCUGCUCUCCAGUACCUCCGCGACCUCUACCCUCUGCUCAAGCGCCACUACUUCUGGUUCCGCCGCACGCAGUCCGGUGACAUCAAAUCCUACGACCGCGAGGCCUUUAGCACCAAGGAGGGUUACCGCUGGCGUGGCCGCACCCCCAGGCACAUCCUGACAUCUGGUCUGGACGACUACCCGCGCGCCCAGCCGCCUCACCCUGGCGAGCUGCACGUCGACCUGAUCGCGUGGGUCGGCAUGAUGACGCGAAACAUCAAGGACGUCGCCGCCUUCAUCGGCGAGGAAGACGACGUCGCUGAGUUCGCCAAGUACGAGAACGCCAUCAUGCGCAACAUCGACGAUUUGCACUGGAGUAAGGAGGAGAAAAUCCACUGCGACUCCACCAUCGACGACUACGAAGAGAGCGUGCUCGUCUGCCACAAGGGCUACGUCUCGCUCUUGCCGUGGUUGUUGGGCCUCGUUUCGGAUGAGGAGAAGGUUGGCAACAUUUUGGAUCUCGUGGCCGACGAGGAGGAGAUCUGGAGCCCCCAUGGCAUCAGGAGCUUGAGCAAGAAGGACGAGCUGUACGGCACGGAUGAGAACUACUGGAGGAGCCCCGUGUGGAUGUGUAUUAACUACCUGGUGGUUGUGAGGUUGCUGGAAACCGCCCAAUCCACCAGCCCGCACGCCGCCCGUGCGGCCAAGCUCUACUCGGAGCUCCGCAAGAACUUGGUCGAGACCGUCUACGAGAGUUGGAAGGAAACGGGCUUCGCGUGGGAGCAGUACAACCCCGAGACGGGAAAGGGCCAGCGCACGCAGCACUUCACCGGCUGGACCAGCUUGGUCGUUAAGGUGAUGACGUUCCCCGAUGGGAAGGACUUGAAGGUUGGUGUGGCGCCGCAGAAGAAGAAGGCGGGUGGGCAUGAUGAGUUGUAG